AAGCCAAGCAUGAUAACAACGAGCUAAUUUCGCAUUUUCUCGCAGCUACCAGCGCUUCGUGCUUGGCUGAAGCACCUAGAAACGCCAUUUUCGUUCUUCAAACUUGUGCUCGUGUGCCACCGUGGUCACGUUGCCACAAUACUACGCCGUCUUGCAUAGGACGUACGAGCUUGUUAGCCACUCAGCAGCGGCGAACCGUAUCUUUACGACGUGCCAGAUCCUCAGAACUAUUGUGCUGACCCUCGUUUCCUCGCAGCCUUCGUCCUUUCUGGAGAUCACUACCAGGAAGAGACGAGUCAGUCCAGUCCAGACUUCUCGCCCUUAGGAGUAGCUGCAUUUGCCUAGGGUUUCACCCACGCCCCUCGGUUACACUAGCGACGCUCCCUAGGGAAAGACCCACGUCUUGUGGGCCGUCUAGUUAUCUGACGAGAAUCGACGAUCCACGAGAGUAACUUUCCUGUGGUAACCCGCUUGUCCCUCCGCGUUGCCCCGUCACGGGUGUAGACCGCAUGAUUCGUUAUGAACCUCUCCGCAUGAAGCUGCGAGUUCCCCCGCGGCAACGAUGAACCUCUUUCGCAUAGCUGGGUCCGCCGCCGCCUGGGGGGGAGGCGCGGCGGCACCGCCGGAGCGCGCGCAGGACACCUCGUCAUCCGCGCCCACCGCUGCUUCCGCCUCCCCCGCUUCCGCCACUCCGCCUGUGCCUGUGGCUCGAUGGGCGGAGAUACAAUUCAGCGACGAGGACAACGACGAGCGGGAGCUUCAGGUGAUAUGGCGCGAGUACAAGGCGGCUGGCAUGCAGGACUCGUUCCGGUUUCUGGGAAUCUUCCUAGAGUCGUUCAUUCGGAUAUACGAAGACUGGAAGCCAGAGCCCCCUCAGCGGGACAAGUCCAGCAGCAGCAAGGGGGGGGAUGGGGGCCGCAUGCGCCUGGGAUUCCGCGGGGGAGGCGGAGGGGGAGGGGAAGGGGGAGCCGGCGCAAGGGGGACGAUCGUGGGUUGCAGCCAGGGCCAUCCGACGGCUGUGAUUCAACAGAUGGUGUUUGAGAUCAAGAAUACCAUUCCUGCCAUCCUGGAGAUGGAGUCAGAGGAUCUGUCGGACCGGGCCUUUGUGCUCAACCUGCUGUGCGCACUCACCAUCGCUCUGCGCUCCGCGCACAACCGCCGCGUCUUCGCCUUCCACGACGGCUAUGCUGCGCUCACCAUCCUAUUUAAAGACAUAGUAGCUCAAUUCAAGACGGUGCAAGGCAUGGCAACGGCAGGCAGGCAGCGCCAGUCUCUCCCCACCUCCCCGGACUCCUCCUCCCCCUCCUCCCCCACGCUUCCGCCACAGACCCCCUCCUCUCCCCUAUCCACCCCCCUCCUCCUCCUCCCGCCAACCCCCCCCCUUGGGGGGGGCGGGCGCAGGAAUCUCCGACCCGCAUGAGACAAGCAACGCCGGCCACGCCCGGGUUAGGGGUAGCAGCAGCGGGGGGGGAGGGGAUGGGGGGGGUUCGGUUGAUCAGGAGUUGCUACUGCAGCUGCGGCGGCAGCAGCGGUUUCUACAGAGUGUGGUGGUGCACCUGCUGCCGUGUGUGGCCGGGCUUUUCCACACUGAGCUCGUUCGCCUGGUGGCUUCUGCCAAGAGGAAAGCAGCUGCGGCGGCGGCAGCGGCGGCGGCAGCAGCAGCUAGUUCUGCGGAGCAGUCGAAUCUCUUUGCGCCGAAUCUAUUUGCUGC